AUGGCCGAUAACGAAGUGGAUGUGAUUCUCCAGAACUACUUUGCCGCUAUCGCGGAGAAAGACUCCGAUGCGCUCAAGCUGUACGAGGACAACAAGCGCAUGCGCCGCCUUGUCGAGCAGACACUGAAGGCCCGCGAAGAGCUUGAGGCGCAGCACUGUACAACGCAGCUACUCGUCACAUCGCUGCAGAACGACCUCCGCGAGAAGCAGCACAUCAUAGAAACCCAAGACAAGGCAAUCGCCGUCUGGCGUGACGGCAUUGCGGAACUGAGAAGCGCGCUUGAACGUCCCUCCGAGGUAGACCAUGGGCUGAGCGACGUCGUCGACGACGUGCGACGCAUGUCGGCGGAGCUGCGCAGCCUUCGGCAAGGCAUGCAGUACGCACAGUGGUGCUGCAACGAAUGGGAAGGGUACUUGAAGGAGUCACUUGUUGCUUCAGAGGCCCGCGAGCGCCGCGCGCUCGAAAGCUCAGCCGCUCACUCACUUCAAGCGCUGUGCGAGGCCGCCGCUGAGGUUCGCCGUGUGUGGAUGCAAGCUGCUGCCCAGGAAGCGGCGACGGGGUCCACGAUCGCGCGCUGGGAAGCCUGGCACGCGACAGCGCAGCAAGAGCGCGAGAGCGCGGCAGAGAAGCACGCGCAGGCGCUGCAUCGAGCAGAGCUCGAGGUGCUUCAUCACGCCCGCCGCGCCGAAGCCGCACAUAAGAAGGCGGACGAAAUGGUACAGCGGAUGGCAGCUCAUGAGCAGGAGGAGCGAGUUGCUCAUGAAUGGAGAGCUCUGGAGGCAAAGACGCAAGUGGGCUUAGUCGACCUGCUCGUCCGCCGAUGCACCGCCGCGGAAGAGAAGUGGUGCGACGCUGUGCGGGAAGUGCGCACCGUCGCGCACCGCCUACAAAGAACCAUGGAGGAGUUGAGUCGCCUGUCUGAGGUGCACGAACAGACCCUUGUGGAGCAGGAGCAGAACCGCUUACGUGUCUCGAAACUUGCGAAGAAAGUGGAGCAGCUCAAGGAACAGCAGUCGGAAAUGGAGGCGCUGCAGCAGCGUUGCAGUUCGCAACAAGAAGAGCUGCAGGCCCUUCGGGACAAGUACGUGGCCAUCGCAGACAAGGAGCGAAACCUACGAUAUCAGUUGAGCACCUCCACGGAAAAUGCCGCCGCGAAGCUGCUGAGUGUGGAGGAGUCUCUCCAGGCGGCCGAGCGGCGCGCCACUGUGCUGGAAGAGCGUCUCCGCACCACGCAAGAAGCCCGGGCGGCGCAGAAAGACAUUGCGGCUCUGCGGCGGCAAGUGGAGCAGCAUCACGCGACGGAUGCUGUGUUGAAAGUCACGCAACAGCAGCUGCGCGAGACGGAAAAGCACGCUUUCAACUUUAAGGAAGCAUUGGAAGUGUUAAAGGCUGAACACCAGGCACAGCUGCAGGCCGAACGCGAUCGUCAUGCGGCAGAGAUAGUCGCGCUCGCCGAGGCCAACGAGGAUGCGCUUCAGAGCCAGACUGCAGAGGCUCGCGCGCGCGUUGUAGAGGCAGAGGAACGCAUGCAGCGGGCACAAGAAACUGCUAUGCGUGAAAAGGAAGCACUGCAGCGAGAGCUGCAAGCGUGGACGGCGGAGGUGGACACUUUGAAAUCCGAGCUUGCCAGAGGCCUCCAGCGUGCUGAGGCAGAGAAAACCGCGAGAGAAGUACUCGAGCAGCAGAACCGCAGCGAGGCGAGCGUUGUGCGCAGCAUGGUGGAGCUUAGCUUCGAUGAUGCGCGGAGGGGCCUGCAGGUGGCGGAGCUGCAGGGGCGCCUGAAAAGUGUCCAGCAGCGCAACCGCCUUCUGGAAGAAGCGUGCCGGCGCAGCGCGGGUGUCAUUGCACAACUACGGGAAGCACUGUACCGUGAGCAGAUGACGUUACGCGCGCUGCGGCUGAAAGACGACUCCCUGUCUGCUUAG